UCCCCCGACUCUUUCAAGUGGGUCAGGAUCGAAUCCCACCGGCACUUGAAAGCCUUUAAGACCCACAUCCUCAGCCCCAGCCACUGGAGACAAAGAGCUUUUUCCAUCGUCCCACCUCAGAAAAGAUGAGCCUGUGGUGAAGGUAACCCCAUGAGCACAGCCCUGCAGAUGACAGCGUUCGGUCUUGCUCUUCUCUCAACCUUCUUCCUGCUCCUUGCCACGUGCACCGACUGCUGGAUGGUGAACGCUGAUGACAGCUUGGAGGUAAGUCACAAAUGCCGAGGGCUUUGGAGGGAGUGUGUCACCAACAUGCAGGACGGGGUCAGGACCUGUGACCAGUAUGACUCCAUUUUGGCUGACCAUCCAGUGAAGAUCGUGGUGACGCGGACCCUGCUGAUCACAGCAGACCUCCUGGCUGGCUUGGCUUUGGCUACAUUGCUCCUUGGGCUCGACUGCAUCAAGUUCCUGAAGGAAGAUCCUCGUGUCAAACUGAAGAUGUGCUACGGGGCCGGUGUCAUCCUUGGCAUUGGGAGCAUCCUGGGACUUGUGGGCUCCGUGUGGUAUGCGGUGGACGUCUACGUGGAGAGGGCCAUGUUGGUGUCACACAAUAUAUUCCUGGGAGUCCACUAUGACUUUGGGUGGUCGUGUUGGCUGGGGAUGGCUGGCUCGAUGGGCUGCUGUGUGGCCUCCGUCCUGCUGACGUGCUGCCUCUAUGCCUGCACAGACCCUACCAGCCGCUGGCAACCCCCAAGGCUUCCCCAGCCCCGGGGUCGAACGGCCACCAGCAAGAUGUAUGCCAUGGACUCACGUGUGUGACGGGCAGCAGCACCCCCGCACCCAGCCCCACUGUGGGAGGCCCUCCCCAGCCUGACCCAUUAAAGCACCUUUGCCUGUACUGGGACAUCUCUGCCAUCGUUUCAAGGCUCUGUCUGACUGCAGGGUCCACACAAGCUGUAGCGUUGGUGGCUGCAAUAAAGCAAAGGUGCUGGAGAAGUCACCUGCAGCGGAGGUGCACUUCCAGCCAGGUUUCAUGAAAAUAAACCUCAGAAAAGUGUCACUUUAAGAAAAGGUGCCCCCCAAGUCCCCUGGAGAAGCUGUUAGGACACUGAGGGCAGAGGAGCUCCUCUGACAUUGCUCAGCCGCUGCUUUGGAGGAAUUUAGUGGAA